AGACCAGUAGCCCUACCCGUUCGCAUGUCCAACCAUUCUGCAUCGCCCGGAGCAACAGCCACGCAGACUAGAAAAAAAAGGCAACACGCACUCUCUAAGGGGAGAGAGUGAGAAGGGAGGGGAGAGAGAAAAACGCCCUGGACACGGAGGGAGACUCGGGUUGAUAGAGAAAGACAAGUAUUUUAGAAGUGAGAAAGAACGUUUGAUUGGGAAGAAGAAGACGUGCUUUUAUCGACUGCUGGGACAGCAGGAGGGGAAGAGGACAUUGCCAACGAUGCUCAAGUUGCUGUGUUGAAGUUGUUGCAGCUCAGACUGCUCAGACAAACAGGAAGCAAAGAGACAGAGCCCUUGGCCUUGCUUGAGCAAUCCAAAUAAAACCAAGGCAGAAACAAACCACACCAGAGCAUAGGCAAAGGACAAGGAAAAACAAAGAUAUCGUUAUUAAAGGAUGGCUGAAGAGGAGGAAACCAGGGAGGUGCUCUUCUCUGACUGGUCGGGUCCAGAGAAACAGGGAAUGACCCUUGAGCAGUCAGGUGAAGGAGAGAUCUAUGUCAAAGAGGUGAAAAUGGAGUCGCCUGCUGGACGCACUGGAAGAGUACACGAGGGUGAUCAAAUUGUGGGUGCCACCAUCUAUUUUGACAACAUGAGUUCCGAGGAGACAGCGGAGCUCCUCAAGACCUUAAACAAACACAAGGUUGGACUGAAACUACAGAACAAGGACAAGUCACCAUGCCGCUCCCCCAUGGGCACUCUGUCACCCAGCCGAUCCCCAAUGGGCACUCUGACAUAUGAAGGGAAGGGAAGGUUUGGAGGCUCCAGCCAAGGCAGUAUCCUGAGUGGGGAGGAUGAAGAUUACAAGAGAAUAUAUUCCAAGAAGAUUAAGCCCCGGCUGAAGUCUGAGGAUCUGGCGGAGGGCGUGGACAUCCAUACGGAACGCCACAGCAGCACCAGCACCGACGGCAGCACGAUCACCACCGUCACCCGUCGCAUCACUACCUACUCUGUAGACAUGCCAGGGGGCGUGGACGAGCAGCUUGAUCUAACCAGCCCAGAGUUUAAAGGGCAACGGUACGAGCAGUCAGGAGGGGGCAGCUCGACUCAAAUCCGAGUUUUACACGGAAGCGGAAGCUCUUCAGGUGUAGGAGGUGGAUUGGAGGGGGGGGAUUUUGAACUAGGAGGUGAUGGUGUUUCCUUCACUGGGCCGCAUGUAACUAGCUCUUCUGAGAAGCACUGGAGCACUGGAGGGGUGAAGACCACCAAUGUAACGAGGGAGAUAGAGGGCGGAGAUGGUGGAGCAGCAGGGAUCAGAUUCAAAGGACCUAGCUUUGGAAUGUCGGGGGUGAAGGGUCAGCGGGAGUUCGGCCUCUAUAGAGGGGGUCAGCAGGGAGACGGGAGCUUUCAGGUUUCAGGUGACUCAGCUGACGACCAGGCAGGAUCAGUCAAUGUCACGGCACCUGGAAAAACAACAAAUAUUUCAUCCAGCUCCAUAUCAAUGGGUAAAGGGGAGGUGAGAGGAGUAGACGUUCAUUUGUCUGGUAGAGGCAGUGCAGACUGGCAGGGUAGGGUCGGAGGUUCAGUACCUGGAAUAACUAUUAGUGAUCAACAGAUGAGAGAGUCUGGGAGCGUCGGUCACUCCGGAGUCAACCAGGGUGGGGUUUCCUUACCCAGCAUGCCAGGCAUUGAUGCAGGGUUGAAUGGAGGCAAGAUAUCAACAGACAUAAGAGCGCAAACACUUGACAUCAAUAACCCAGGCAUAAAGGAGUCUGGCUCAGUGAAAACGUCUGUAAAAGGACCAUCGGUAAAAGGAACAACAAUUGAAAAUGAAAGCAAACUUAAAGGUGGCAUCAAAAUGCCAUCAUUUGGACUGAACAUUGCAGGUACAGAAAGCGAUGGAGAUGUUAAACUACCGAAGGUGAAGGGUAGUGUAGAUGUUUCGGUUCCCGGGGUAGAUGUAGAUGUAUCAGCCCCAUCGAUGAAUGUUAAAGAAGGAAAGAAGAUAGGUGGUAUUGAUAUCAAAGCACCCAAAGUAGACAUUAAAGUUUCAGGUGUUGAUGUUCAUGAUCCAGAAGGAAGUUUCAAGAUACCCAAAGUAAAGAUGCCAUCAUUUGGAAUCAAAGAAGCGGGACGUGUCAACCUACCAAAAACCGACAUUGACAUCAAGCCUCCCAAAGUAGAAAUUAAAGGUCCAGAACUGGACACUGAAGGCCCAGAUGGCAAAAUCAAAGGGUCAAAAUUCAAGAUGCCGACAACAUCAGGACCAAACAUCUCAAUGCCUGAUGUGGACUUCAACCUGAAAGGUCCAAAGAUGAAGGGAGAUGUUGAUGUGUCAGGGCCCAAGAUAGAAAGAGACCUCAAAUCACCCAAAGUAGACAUAGAGGGGCCAGAUCUUGACAUUGAAGGUUCAGGAGGAUUUAAGAUGCCAAAGAUGAAGAUGCCAUCAUUUGGAUUCAAAGGUCCUAAAUUGGAGGGUCCAGAUGUUGAUGUUAACCUGCCAACAGCUGAUAUAGACAUCAAAGCGCCCAAAGUGGACAUUAAAGGUCCAGAACUUGACAUUGAAGGCCCUGAUGGUAAAAUCAAAGGGCCGAAAUUCAAGAUGCCGUCAAUGUCAGGACCAAAGAUCUCCAUGCCUGAUGUGGACUUCAAUCUGAAAGGUCCCAAGAUGAAGGGAGCUGUUGAUAUGUCAGGAGAACUUAAAGCACCCAAAGUAGACAUUGAAGGUCCAGAUCUUGACAUUGAAGGUCCAGAUGGAAAAAUCAAAGGGCCAAAAGUCAAGAUGCCAUCAGUUUCAGGACCGAAGAUCUCCAUGCCCGAUGUGGACUUCAAUCUGAAAGGUCCAAAGAUGAAAGGAGAUUUCGACGUGUCAGGGCCCAAGAUAGAAGGAGACCUCAAAGCACCCAAAGUAGACAUAGAGGGGCCAGAUCUUGACAUUGAAGGUUCAGGAGGAUUUAAGAUGCCAAAGAUGAAGAUGCCAUCAUUUGGAUUCAAAGGUCCUAAAUUGGAGGGUGCAGAUGUUGAUGUUAACCUGCCAACAGCUGAUAUAGACAUCAAAUCGCCCAAAGUAGACAAUAAAGGUCCCGAACUUGACAUUGAAGGUUCAGGAGGAUUUAAGAUGCCAAAGAUGAAGAUGCCGACUUUUGGAAUCAAAGGUCCUAAACUGGAGGGUCCAGAUGUGGAUGUCAAACUACCUAAAGGUGACAUUGAAAUAAAGGGACCCAACGUUGACAUCAAAGGUCCAGAACUGGACAUUGAAGGCCCUGAUGGAAAAAUCAAGGGCCCACAAUUCAAGAUGCCUUCCAUAUCAGGACCAAAGAUCUCAAUGCCUGACAUGGACAUCAACCUUAAAGGGCCAAAGAUGAAGGGUGAUGUGAAUGUGUCAGUGCCAAAGAUAAAAGGAGACCUCAAAGCACCCAAAGUAGACAUAGAGGGGCCAGAUCUUGACAUUGAAGGUUCAGGAGGAUUUAAGAUGCCAAAGAUGAAGAUGCCAUCAUUUGGAUUCAAAGGUCCUAAAUUGGAGGGUCCAGAUGUUGAUGUUAACCUGCCAACAGCUGAUAUAGACAUCAAAGCGCCCAAAGUGGACAUUAAAGGUCCAGAACUUGACAUUGAAGGCCCUGAUGGUAAAAUCAAAGGGCCGAAAUUCAAGAUGCCGUCAAUGUCAGGACCAAAGAUCUCCAUGCCUGAUGUGGACUUCAACCUGAAAGGUCCCAAGAUGAAGGGAGAUGUUGAUAUGUCAGGAGAACUUAUAGCACCCAAAGUAGACAUUGAAGGUCCAGAUCUUGACAUUGAAGGUCCAGAUGGAAAAAUCAAAGGGCCAAAAUUCAAGAUGCCAUCAAUUUCAGGACCGAAGAUCUCCAUGCCUGAUGUGGAUUUCAACCUAAAAAGUCCAAAGAUGAAGGGAGAUUUCGACGUGUCAGGGCCCAAGAUAGACGGAGACCUCAAAGCACCCAAAGUAGACAUAGAGGGGCCAGAUCUUGACAUUGAAGGUUCAGGAGGAUUUAAGAUGCCAAAGAUGAAGAUGCCAUCAUUUGGAUUCAAAGGUCCUAAAUUGGAGGGUCCAGAUGUUGAUGUUAACCUGCCAACAGCUUAUAUAGACAUCAAAGCGCCCAAAGUGGACAUUAAAGGUCCAGAACUUGACAUUGAAGGUUCAGGAGGAUUUAAGAUGCCAAAGAUGAAGAUGCCGUCUUUUGGAAUCAAAGGUUCUAAAUUGGAGGGUCCAGAUGUUGAUGUUAACCUGCCAAAAGCUGAUAUAGACAUCAAAGCACCAAAAGUGGACAUUAAAGGUCCAGAACUUGACAUUGAAGGCCCUGAUGGUAAAAUCAAAGGGCCGAAAUUCAAGAUGCCGUCAAUGUCAGGACCAAAGAUCUCCAUGCCUGAUGUGGACUUCAACCUGAAAGGUCCCAAGAUGAAGGGAGAUGUUGAUAUGUCAGGAGACCUUAAAGCACCCAAAGUAGACAUUGAAGGUCCAGAUCUUGACAUUGAAGGUCCAGAUGGAAAAAUCAAAGGGCCAAAAUUCAAGAUGCCAUCAAUUUCAGGACCGAAGAUCUCCAUUCCCGAUGCGGACUUCAAUCUGAAAGGUCCAAAGAUGAAAGGAGAUUUCGAUGUGUCAGGGCCCAAGAUAGAAGGAGACCUCAAAACACCCAAAGUAGACAUAGAGGGGCCAGAUCUUGACAUUGAAGGUUCAGGAGGAUUUAAGAUGCCAAAGAUGAAGAUGCCAUCAUUUGGAUUCAAAGGUCCUAAAUUGGAUGGUGCAGAUGUUGAUGUUAACCUGCCAACAGCUGAUAUAGACAUCAAAUCGCCCAAAGUGGACAUUAAAGGUCCAGAACUUGACAUUGAAGGUUCAGGAGGAUUUAAGAUGCCAAAGAUGAAGAUGCCGUCUUUUGGAUUCAAAGGUCCUAAAUUGGAGGGUCCAGAUGUUGAUGUUAACCUGCCAAAAGCUGAUAUAGACAUCAAAGCGCCAAAAGUGGACAUUAAAGGUCCAGAACUUGAAAUUGAAGGUCCAGAUGGAAAAAUCAAAGGGCCGAAAUUCAAGAUGCCAUCAAUUUCAGGACCGAAGAUCUCCAUGCCCGACGUGGACUUCAAUCUGAAAGGUCCAAAGAUGAAAGGAGAUUUCGAUGUGUCAGGGCCCAAGAUAGAAGGAGAACUGAAAGCACCCAAAGUAGACAUUGAAGGUCCAGAUGUUGACAUUGAAGGUUCAGGAGGAUUUAAGAUGCCAAAGAUGAAGAUGCCAUCAUUUGGAUUCAAAGGUCCUAAAUUGGAGGGUCCAGAUGUUGAUGUUAACCUACCAAAAGCUGAUAUAGACAUCAAAGCGCCAAAAGUGGACAUUAAAGGUCCAGAACUUGACAUUGAAGGCCCUGAUGGUAAAAUCAAAGGGCCGAAAUUCAAGAUGCCGUCAAUGUCAGGACCAAAGAUCUCCAUGCCUGAUGUGGACUUCAAUCUGAAAGGUCCCAAGAUGAAGGGAGAUGUUGACAUGUCAGGAGAACUUAAAGCACCCAAAGUAGACAUUGAAGGUCCAGAUCUUGACAUUGAAGGUCCAGAUGGAAAAAUCAAAGGGCCAAAAUUCAAGAUGCCAUCAAUUUCAGGACCGAAGAUCUCCAUGCCCGAUGCGGACUUCAAUCUGAAAGGUCCAAAGAUGAAAGGAGAUUUCGAUGUGUCAGGGCCCAAGAUAGAAGGAGACCUCAAAGCACCCAAAGUAGACAUAGAGGGGCCAGAUCUUGACAUUGAAGGUUCAGGAGGAUUUAAGAUGCCAAAGAUGAAGAUGCCAUCAUUUGGAUUCAAAGGUCCUAAAUUGGAUGGUGCAGAUGUUGAUGUUAACCUGCCAACAGCUGAUAUAGACAUCAAAUCGCCCAAAGUGGACAUUAAAGGUCCAGAACUUGACAUUGAAGGUUCAGGAGGAUUUAAGAUGCCAAAGAUGAAGAUGCCGUCUUUUGGAUUCAAAGGUCCUAAAUUGGAGGGUCCAGAUGUUGAUGUUAACCUACCAAAAGCUGAUAUAGACAUCAAAGCGCCAAAAGUGGACAUUAAAGUUCCAGAACUUGAAAUUGAAGGUCCAGAUGGAAAAAUCAAAGGGCCGAAAUUCAAGAUGCCAUCAAUUUCAGGACCGAAGAUCUCCAUGCCCGAUGUGGACUUCAAUCUGAAAGGUCCAAAGAUGAAAGGAGAUUUCGAUGUGUCAGGGCCCAAGAUAGAAGGAGAUCUCAAAGCACCCAAAGUAGACAUUGAAGGUCCAGAUGUUGACAUUGAAGGUUCAGGAGGAUUUAACAUGCCAAAGAUGAAGAUGCCAUCAUUUGGAUUCAAAGGUCCUAAAUUGGAGGGUCCAGAUGUUGAUGUUAACCUACCAAAAGCUGAUAUAGACAUCAAAGCGCCAAAAGUGGACAUUAAAGGUCCAGAACAUGACAUUGAAGGCCCUGAUGGUAAAAUCAAAGGGCCGAAAUUCAAGAUGCCGUCAAUGUCAGGACCAAAGAUCUCCAUGCCUGAUGUGGACUUCAAUCUGAAAGGUCCCAAGAUGAAGGGGGAUGUUGAUAUGUCAGGAGAACUUAAAGCACCCAAAGUAGACAUUGAAGGUCCAGAUCUUGAAAUUGAAGGUCCAGAUGGAAAAAUCAAAGGACCAAAAUUCAAGAUGCCAUCAAUUUCAGGACCGAAGAUCUCCAUGCCCGAUGUGGACUUCAAUCUGAAAGGUCCAAAGAUGAAAGGAGAUUUCGAUGUGUCAGGGCCCAAGAUAGAAGGAGAUCUCAAAGCACCCAAAGUAGACAUUGAAGGUCCAGAUGUUGACAUUGAAGGUUCAGGAGGAUUUAAGAUGCCAAAGAUGAAGAUGCCAUCAUUUGGAUUCAAAGGUCCUAAAUUGGAGGGUCCAGAUGUUGAUGUUAACCUACCAAAAGCUGAUAUAGACAUCAAAGCGCCAAAAGUGGAUAUUAAAGGUCCAGAACUUGACAUUGAAGGCCCUGAUGGUAAAAUCAAAGGGCCGAAAUUCAAGAUGCCGUCAAUGUCAGGACCAAAGAUCUCCAUGCCUGAUGUGGACUUCAAUCUGAAAGGUCCCAAGAUGAAGGGAGAUGUUGAUAUGUCAGGAGAACUUAAAGCACCCAAAGUAGACAUUGAAGGUCCAGAUCUUGACAUUGAAGGUCCAGAUGGAAAAAUCAAAGGGCCAAAAUUCAAGAUGCCAUCAAUUUCAGGACCGAAGAUCUCCAUGCCUGAUGUGGAUUUCAACCUAAAAGGUCCAAAGAUGAAGGGAGAUUUCGACGUGUCAGGGCCCAAGAUAGAAGGAGACCUCAAAGCACCCAAAGUAGACAUAGAGGGGCCAGAUCUUGACAUUGAAGGUUCAGGAGGAUUUAAGAUGCCAAAGAUGAAGAUGCCAUCAUUUGGAUUCAAAGGUCCUAAAUUGGAUGGUGCAGAUGUUGAUGUUAACCUGCCAACAGCUGAUAUAGACAUCAAAUCGCCCAAAGUGGACAUUAAAGGUCCAGAACUUGACAUUGAAGGUUCAGGAGGAUUUAAGAUGCCAAAGAUGAAGAUGCCGUCUUUUGGAUUCAAAGGUCCUAAAUUGGAGGGUCCAGAUGUUGAUGUUAACCUACCAAAAGCUGAUAUAGACAUCAAAGCGCCAAAAGUGGACAUUAAAGGUCCAGAUCUUGAAAUUGAAGGUCCAGAUGGAAAAAUCAAAGGGCCGAAAUUCAAGAUGCCAUCAAUUUCAGGACCGAAGAUCUCCAUGCCCGAUGUGGACUUCAAUCUGAAAGGUCCAAAGAUGAAAGGAGAUUUCGAUAUGUCAGGGCCCAAGAUAGAAGGAGAACUGAAAGCACCCAAAGUAGACAUUGAAGGUCCAGAUGUUGACAUUGAAGGUUCAGGAGGAUUUAAGAUGCCAAAGAUGAAGAUGCCAUCAUUUGGAUUCAAAGGUCCUAAAUUGGAGGGUCCAGAUGUUGAUGUUAACCUACCAAAAGCUGAUAUAGACAUCAAAGCGCCAAAAGUGGACAUUAAAGGUCCAGAACUUGACAUUGAAGGCCCUGAUGGUAAAAUCAAAGGGUCGAAAUUCAAGAUGCCGUCAAUGUCAGGACCAAAGAUCUCCAUGCCUGAUGUGGACUUCAAUCUGAAAGGUCCCAAGAUGAAGGGAGAUGUUGACAUGUCAGGAGAACUUAAAGCACCCGAAGUAGACAUUGAAGGUCCAGAUCUUGACAUUGAAGGUCCAGAUGGAAAAAUCAAAGGGCCAAAAUUCAAGAUGCCAUCAAUUUCAGGACCGAAGAUCUCCAUGCCUGAUGUGGAUUUCAACCUAAAAGGUCCAAAGAUGAAGGGAGAUUUCGACGUGUCAGGGCCCAAGAUAGAAGGAGACCUCAAAGCACCCAAAGUAGACAUUAAAGGUCCAGAACUUGACAUUGAAGGUUCAGGAGGAUUUAAGAUGCCAAAGAUGAAGAUGCCGUCUUUCGGAUUCAAAGGUCCUAAAUUGGAUGGUGCAGAUGUUGAUGUUAACCUGCCAACAGCUGAUAUAGAUAUCAAAGCGCCAAAAGUGGACAUUAAAGGUCCAGAACUUGACAUUGAAGGCCCUGAUGGUAAAAUCAAAGGGCCGAAAUUCAAGAUGCCAUCAAUGUCAGGACCAAAGAUCUCCAUGCCUGAUGUGGACUUCAAUCUGAAAGGUCCCAAGAUGAAGGGGGAUGUUGAUAUGUCAGGAGAACUUAAAGCACCCAAAGUAGACAUUGAAGGUCCAGAUCUUGAAAUUGAAGGUCCAGAUGGAAAAAUCAAAGGGCCAAAAUUCAAGAUGCCAUCAAUUUCAGGACCGAAGAUCUCCAUGCCCGAUGUGGACUUCAAUCUGAAAGGUCCAAAGAUGAAAGGAGAUUUCGAUGUGUCAGGGCCCAAGAUAGAAGGAGAUCUCAAAGCACCCAAAGUAGACAUUGAAGGUCCAGAUGUUGACAUUGAAGGUUCAGGAGGAUUUAAGAUGCCAAAGAUGAAGAUGCCAUCAUUUGGAUUCAAAGGUCCUAAAUUGGAGGGUCCAGAUGUUGAUGUUAACCUACCAAAAGCUGAUAUAGACAUCAAAGCGCCAAAAGUGGACAUUAAAGGUCCAGAACUUGACAUUGAAGGCCCUGAUGGUAAAAUCAAAGGGCCGAAAUUCAAGAUGCCGUCAAUGUCAGGACCAAAGAUCUCCAUGCCUGAUGUGGACUUCAAUCUGAAAGGUCCCAAGAUGAAGGGGGAUGUUGAUAUGUCAGGAGAACUUAAAGCACCCAAAGUAGACAUUGAAGGUCCAGAUCUUGAAAUUGAAGGUCCAGAUGGAAAAAUCAAAGGACCAAAAUUCAAGAUGCCAUCAAUUUCAGGACCGAAGAUCUCCAUGCCCGAUGUGGACUUCAAUCUGAAAGGUCCAAAGAUGAAAGGAGAUUUCGAUGUGUCAGGGCCCAAGAUAGAAGGAGAUCUCAAAGCACCCAAAGUAGACAUUGAAGGUCCAGAUGUUGACAUUGAAGGUUCAGGAGGAUUUAAGAUGCCAAAGAUGAAGAUGCCAUCAUUUGGAUUCAAAGGUCCUAAAUUGGAGGGCCCAGAUGUUGAUGUUAACCUGCCAAAAGCUGAUAUAGACAUCAAAGCGCCAAAAGUGGACAUUAAAGGUCCAGAACUUGACAUUGAAGGCCCUGAUGGUAAAAUCAAAGGGCCGAAAUUCAAGAUGCCGUCAAUGUCAGGACCAAAGAUCUCCAUGCCUGAUGUGGACUUCAAUCUGAAAGGUCCCAAGAUGAAGGGAGAUGUUGAUAUGACAGGAGAACUUAAAGCACCCAAAGUAGACAUUGAAGGUCCAGAUCUUGACAUUGAAGGUCCAGAUGGAAAAAUCAAAGGGCCAAAAUUCAAGAUGCCAUCAAUUUCAGGACCGAAGAUCUCCAUGCCUGAUGUGGAUUUCAACCUUAAAGGUCCAAAGAUGAAGGGAGAUUUCGACGUGUCAGGGCCCAAGAUAGAAGGAGACCUCAAAGCACCCAAAGUAGACAUAGAGAGGCCAGAUCUUGACAUUGAAGGUUCAGGAGGAUUUAAGAUGCCAAAGAUGAAGAUGCCAUCAUUUGGAUUCAAAGGUCCUAAAUUGGAGGGCCCAGAUGUUGAUGUUAACCUGCCAACAGCUGAUAUAGACAUCAAAUCGCCCAAAGUGGACAUUAAAGGUCCAGAACUUGACAUUGAAGGUUCAGGAGGAUUUAAGAUGCCAAAGAUGAAGAUGCCGUCUUUUGGAUUCAAAGGUCCUAAAUUGGAGGGUCCAGAUGUUGAUGUUAACCUACCAAAAGCUGAUAUAGACAUCAAAGCGCCAAAAGUGGACAUUAAAGGUCCAGAACUUGACAUUGAAGGCCCUGAUGGUAAAAUCAAAGGGCCGAAAUUCAAGAUGCCGUCAAUGUCAGGACCAAAGAUCUCCAUGCCUGAUGUGGACUUCAAUCUGAAAGGUCCCAAGAUGAAGGGAGAUGUUGAUAUGUCAGGAGAACUUAAAGCACCCAAAGUAGACAUUGAAGGUCCAGAUCUUGAAAUUGAAGGUCCAGAUGGAAAAAUCAAAGGGCCAAAAUUCAAGAUGCCAUCAAUUUCAGGACCGAAGAUCUCCAUGCCCGAUGUGGACUUCAAUCUGAAAGGUCCAAAGAUGAAAGGAGAUUUCGAUGUGUCAGGGCCCAAGAUAGAAGGAGAUCUCAAAGCACCCAAAGUAGACAUUGAAGGUCCAGAUGUUGACAUUGAAGGUUCAGGAGGAUUUAAGAUGCCAAAGAUGAAGAUGCCAUCAUUUGGAUUCAAAGGUCCUAAAUUGGAGGGUCCAGAUGUUGAUGUUAACCUACCAAAAGCUGAUAUAGACAUCAAAGCGCCAAAAGUGGACAUUAAAGGUCCAGAACUUGACAUUGAAGGCCCUGAUGGUAAAAUCAAAGGGCCGAAAUUCAAGAUGCCGUCAAUGUCAGGACCAAAGAUCUCCAUGCCUGAUGUUGACUUCAAUCUGAAAGGUCCCAAGAUGAAGGGAGAUGUUGAUAUGUCAGGAGAACUUAAAGCACCCAAAGUAGACAUUGAAGGUCCAGAUCUUGACAUUGAAGGUCCAGAUGGAAAAAUCAAAGGGCCAAAAUUCAAGAUGCCAUCAAUUUCAGGACCGAAGAUCUCCAUGCCUGAUGUGGAUUUCAACCUAAAAGGUCCAAAGAUGAAGGGAGAUUUCGACGUGUCAGGGCCCAAGAUAGAAGGAGACCUCAAAGCACCCAAAGUAGACAUAGAGGGGCCAGAUCUUGACAUUGAAGGUUCAGGAGGAUUUAAGAUGCCAAAGAUGAAGAUGCCAUCAUUUGGAUUCAAAGGUCCUAAAUUGGAGGGUGCAGAUGUUGAUGUUAACCUGCCAACAGCUGAUAUAGACAUCAAAUCGCCCAAAGUGGACAUUAAAGGUCCAGAGGUUGACAUUGAAGGUUCAGGAGGAUUUAAGAUGCCAAAGAUGAAGAUGCCGUCUUUUGGAUUCAAAGGUCCUAAAUUGGAGGGUCCAGAUGUUGAUGUUAACCUACCAAAAGCUGAUAUAGACAUCAAAGCGCCAAAAGUGGACAUUAAAGGUCCAGAACUUGACAUUGAAGGCCCUGAUGGUAAAAUCAAAGGGCCGAAAUUCAAGAUGCCGUCAAUGUCAGGACCAAAGAUCUCCAUGCCUGAUGUGGACUUCAAUCUGAAAGGUCCCAAGAUGAAGGGAGAUGUUGAUAUGUCAGGAGAACUUAAAGCACCCAAAGUAGACAUUGAAGGUCCAGAUCUUGAAAUUGAAGGUCCAGAUGGAAAAAUCAAAGGGCCAAAAUUCAAGAUGCCAUCAAUUUCAGGACCGAAGAUCUCCAUGCCCGAUGUGGACUUCAAUCUGAAAGGUCCAAAGAUGAAAGGAGAUUUCGAUGUGUCAGGGCCCAAGAUAGAAGGAGAUCUCAAAGCACCCAAAGUAGACAUUGAAGGUCCAGAUGUUGACAUUGAAGGUUCAGGAGGAUUUAAGAUGCCAAAGAUGAAGAUGCCAUCAUUUGGAUUCAAAGGUCCUAAAUUGGAGGGUCCAGAUGUUGAUGUUAACCUACCAAAAGCUGAUAUAGACAUCAAAGCGCCAAAAGUGGACAUUAAAGGUCCAGCACUUGACAUUGAAGGCCCUGAUGGUAAAAUCAAAGGGCCGAAAUUCAAGAUGCCGUCAAUGUCAGGACCAAAGAUCUCCAUGCCUGAUGUUGACUUCAAUCUGAAAGGUCCCAAGAUGAAGGGAGAUGUUGAUAUGUCAGGAGAACUUAAAGCACCCAAAGUAGACAUUGAAGGUCCAGAUCUUGACAUUGAAGGUCCAGAUGGAAAAAUCAAAGGGCCAAAAUUCAAGAUGCCAUCAAUUUCAGGACCGAAGAUCUCCAUGCCUGAUGUGGAUUUCAACCUAAAAGGUCCAAAGAUGAAGGGAGAUUUCGACGUGUCAGGGCCCAAGAUAGAAGGAGACCUCAAAGCACCCAAAGUAGACAUAGAGGGGCCAGAUCUUGACAUUGAAGGUUCAGGAGGAUUUAAGAUGCCAAAGAUGAAGAUGCCAUCAUUUGGAUUCAAAGGUCCUAAAUUGGAGGGUGCAGAUGUUGAUGUUAACCUGCCAACAGCUGAUAUAGACAUCAAAUCGCCCAAAGUGGACAUUAAAGGUCCAGAGGUUGACAUUGAAGGUUCAGGAGGAUUUAAGAUGCCAAAGAUGAAGAUGCCGUCUUUCGGAUUCAAAGGUCCUAAAUUGGAGGGUCCAGAUGUUGAUGUUAACCUACCAAAACCUGAUAUAGACAUCAAAGCGCCAAAAGUGGACAUUAAAGGUCCAGAACUUGACAUUGAAGGUCCUGAUGGUAAAAUCAAAGGGCCGAAAUUCAAGAUGCCGUCAAUGUCAGGACCAAAGGUCUCCAUGCCUGAUGUGGACUUCAAUCUGAAAGGUCCCAAGAUGAAGGGGGAUGUUGAUAUGUCAGGAGAACUUAAAGCACCCAAAGUAGACAUUGAAUGUCCAGAUCUUGAAAUUGAAGGUCCAGAUGGAAAAAUCAAAGGGCCAAAAUUCAAGAUGCCAUCAAUUUCAGGACCGAAGAUCUCCAUGCCCGAUGUGGACUUCAAUCUGAAAGGUCCAAAGAUGAAAGGAGAUUUCGAUGUGUCAGGGCCCAAGAUAGAAGGAGAUCUCAAAGCACCCAAAGUAGACAUUGAAGGUCCAGAUGUUGACAUUGAAGGUUCAGGAGGAUUUAAGAUGCCAAAGAUGAAAAUGCCAUCAUUUGGAUUCAAAGGUCCUAAAUUGGAGGGUCCAGAUGUUGAUGUUAAGCUACCAAAAGCUGAUAUAGACAUCAAAGCGCCAAAAGUGGACAUUAAAGGUCCAGAACUUGACAUUGAAGGCCCUGAUGGUAAAAUCAAAGGGCCGAAAUUCAAGAUGCCGUCAAUGUCAGGACCAAAGAUCUCCAUGCCUGAUGUUGACUUCAAUCUGAAAGGUCCCAAGAUGAAGGGAGAUGUUGAUAUGUCAGGAGAACUUAAAGCACCCAAAGUAGACAUUGAAGGUCCAGAUCUUGACAUUGAAGGUCCAGAUGGAAAAAUCAAAGGGCCAAAAUUCAAGAUGCCAUCAAUUUCAGGACCGAAGAUCUCCAUGCCUGAUGUGGAUUUCAACCUAAAAGGUCCAAAGAUGAAGGGAGAUUUCGACGUGUCAGGGCCCAAGAUAGAAGGAGACCUCAAAGCACCCAAAGUAGACAUAGAGGGGCCAGAUCUUGACAUUGAAGGUUCAGGAGGAUUUAAGAUGCCAAAGAUGAAGAUGCCAUCAUUUGGAUUCAAAGGUCCUAAAUUGGAGGGCCCAGAUGUUGAUGUUGACCUGCCAACAACUGAUAUAGACAUCAAAUCGCCCAAAGUGGACAUUAAAGGUCCAGAACUUGACAUUGAAGGUUCAGGAGGAUUUAAGAUGCCAAAGAUGAAGAUGCCGUCUUUCGGAUUCAAAGGUCCUAAAUUGGAGGGUCCAGAUGUUGAUGUUAACCUACCAAAAGCUGAUAUAGACAUCAAAGCGCCAAAAGUGGACAUUAAAGGUCCAGAACUUGACAUUGAAGGCCCUGAUGGUAAAAUCAAAGGGCCGAAAUUCAAGAUGCCGUCAAUGUCAGGACCAAAUAUCUCCAUGCCUGAUGUGGAUUUCAACCUAAAAGGUCCAAAGAUGAAGGGAGAUUUCGACGUGUCAGGGCCCAAGAUAGAAGGAGACCUCAAAGCACCCAAAGUAGACAUAGAGGGGCCAGAUCUUGACAUUGAAGGUUCAGGAGGAUUUAAGAUGCCAAAGAUGAAGAUGCCAUCAUUUGGAUUCAAAGGUCCUAAAUUGGAGGGCCCAGAUGUUGAUGUUGACCUGCAAACAACUGAUAUAGACAUCAAAUCGCCCAAAGUGGACAUUAAAGGUCCAGAACUUGACAUUGAAGGUUCAGGAGGAUUUAAGAUGCCAAAGAUGAAGAUGCCGUCUUUCGGAUUCAAAGGUCCUAAAUUGGAGGGUCCAGAUGUUGAUGUUAACCUACCAAAAGCUGAUAUAGACAUCAAAGCGCCAAAAGUGGACAUUAAAGGUCCAGAACUUGACAUUGAAGGCCCUGAUGGUAAAAUCAAAGGGCCGAAAUUCAAGAUGCCGUCAAUGUCAGGACCAAAUAUCUCCAUGCCUGAUGUGGACUUCAAUCUGAAAGGUCCCAAGAUGAAGGGAGAUGUUGAUAUGUCUGGAGAACUUAAAGCACCCAAAGUAGACAUUGAAGGUCCAGAUCUUGACAUUGAAGGUCCAGAUGGAAAAAUCAAAGGGCCAAAAUUCAAGAUGCCAUCAAUUUCAGGACCGAAGAUCUCCAUGCCCGAUGUGGACUUCAAUCUGAAAGGUCCAAAGAUGAAGGGAGAUUUCGAUGUGUCAGGGCCCAAGAUAGAAGGAGACCUCAAAGCACCCAAAGUAGACAUUGAGGGGCCAGGUCUUGACAUUGAAGGUUCAGGAGGAUUUAAGAUGCCAAAGAUGAAGAUGCCAUCAUUUGGAUUCAAAGGUCCUAAAUUGGAGGGUCCAGAUGUUGAUGUUAACCUGCCAACAGCUGAUAUAGACAUCAAAGUGCCCAAAGUGGACAUUAAAGGUCCAGAUCUUGACAUUGAAGGUUCAGGAGGAUUUAAGAUGCCAAAGAUGAAGAUGCCGUCAUUUGGAUUCAAAGGUCCUAAAUUGGAGGGUCCAGAUGUUGAUGUUAACCUACCAAAAGCUGAUAUAGACAUCAACGCGCCAAAAGUGGACAUUAAAGGUCCAGAACUUGACAUUGAAGGCCCUGAUGGUAAAAUCAAAGGGCCGAAAUUCAAGAUGCCGUCAAUGUCAGGACCAAAGAUCUCCAUGCCUGAUGUGGACUUCAAUCUGAAAGGUCCCAAGAUGAAGGGAGAUGUUGAUAUGUCAGGAGAACUUAAAGCACCCAAAGUAGACAUUGAAGGUCCAGAUCUUGACAUUGAAGGUCCAGAUGGAAAAAUCAAAGGGCCAAAAUUCAAGAUGCCAUCAAUUUCAGGACCGAAGAUCUCCAUGCCUGAUGUGGAUUUCAACCUAAAAGGUCCAAAGAUGAAGGGAGAUUUCGACGUGUCAGGGCCCAAGAUAGAAGGAGACCUCAAAGCACCCAAAGUAGACAUUGAAGGUCCAGAUCUUGACAUUGAAGGUCCUGAUGGUAAAAUCAAAGGGCCGAAAUUCAAGAUGCCGUCAAUAUCAGGACCGAAGAUCUCCAUGCCUGAUGUGGACUUCAAUCUGAAAGGUCCAAAAAUGAAGGGAGACGUGGACAUGUCUGUGCCAAUGAUUGAAGGUGACCUGAAAUCACCCAAAGUUGAUAUUGAAGGGCCAGAUGUUGACAUUGACGUUUCAGGAGGAUUUAAGAUGCCAAAGAUGAAGAUGCCCUCUAUUUCUGGCCCCAAAAUGUCGAUGCCUGAUAUUGAUUUCAAUCUCAAAGGUCCAAAGUUCAAGGGGGGAGUUGAGGGAGAAAUCAGUACACCCAAAGCUGAAUUUGAGGGAUUGGAUAUCUCAAUUGAGAGUCCUGACAUUACACCAAAGAAGUCUAAGUUCAAAAUGCCAAAGUUUGGAUUCGGAGGGCCAAAAGUCAAGUCUCCUGAGGUUGAUGUAAAUCUAGCAAAAGUAGAUAUUAAUGUCAAAGGACCAAAAGGUAGUGUUUCAGACCUUGAGCUUGAUGUUGGGGCUACCAGCCCUAAGGUCAAAGGAUCCAAGUUCAAAAUGCCAAAAUUUGGAUUCAGAAGCCCGAAAGUAGAGAUACCAGAUAUAGAUAUUAACAUACCUAAAUCUGAUGUCGGCAUUAAGGGACCCAGUGUUGACAUUAAAGUUCCGGAAAUUGACAUUGAAUGCCCUGAUGGCAAAAUCAAGGGCCCAAAAUUCAAGAUGCCAUCAAUAUCAGGACCAAAGAUCUCUAUGCCUGAUAUGGACUUUGACCUGAAAGGUCCAAAGAUGAAGGGAGAUGUGGACAUGUCUGUGCCAAUGAUUGAAGGAGAACUCAAAGCACCCAAAGUAGAUAUUGAAGGUCCAGAUGUUGACAUUGAAGGUUCAGGAGGAUUUAAGAUGCCAAAGAUGAAGAUGCCAUCAUUUGGAUUCAAAGGACCCAAACUGGAGGGGCCAGAUGUUGAUAUCAACCUUCCUAAAGCUGACAUUGAUAUUAAGGGUCCCAACGUUGACAUCAAAGGUCCAGAACUGGACAUUGAAGGCCCAGAUGGUAAAAUCAAAGGGCCGAAAUUCAAGAUGCCUUCCAUAUCAGGACCAAAUAUCUCCAUGCCUGAUGUGGACUUCAACCUGAAAGGUCCAAAGAUGAAGGGAGAUGUUGAUAUGUCAGGAGACCUCAAAGCACCCAAAGUAGACAUUAAAGGUCCAGAUGUUGACAUCGAAGGUUCAGGAGGAUUUAAGAUGCCAAAGAUGAAAAUGCCAUCCUUUGGAUUCAAAGGACCUAACCUGGAGGGUCCGGAUGUCGAUCUCAACCUACCUAAAGCUGACAUUAAUGUUGAAGGUCCAGAAAUUGACAUUGAAGGGUAUGAUGGUAAAAUCAGAGGGCCAAAAUUCAAGAUGCCUUCAAUGUCAGGACCAAAGAUAUCAAUGCCAGAUAUGGAUUUCAACCUGAAAGGUCCAAAGGUAAAGGGAGAUUUUGAUGUGUCAGUCCCCAAGAUCGAAGGAGACCUCAAAUCACCCAAAGUAGACAUUGAAGGUCCAGAUGUUGACAUUGAAGGUUCAGGAGGAUUUAAGAUGCCAAAGAUGAAGAUGCCAUCAUUUGGAUUCAAAGGACCCAAACUGGAGGGGCCAGAUGUUGAUAUCAACCUUCCUAAAGCUGACAUUGAUAUUAAGGGGCCCAACGUUGACAUCAAAGGUCCAGAACUGGACAUUGAAGGCCCAGAUGGUAAAAUCAAAGGGCCGAAAUUCAAGAUGCCUUCCAUAUCAGGACCAAAUAUCUCCAUGCCUGACAUGGACUUCAACCUGAAAGGUCCAAAGAUGAAGGGAGAUGUUGAUAUGUCAGGAGACCUCAAAGCACCCAAAGUAGACAUUAAAGGUCCAGAUGUUGACAUCGAAGGUUCAGGGGGAUUUAAGAUGCCAAAGAUGAAAAUGCCAUCCUUUGGAUUCAAAGGACCUAACCUGGAGGGUCCGGAUGUCGAUCUCAACCUACCUAAAGCUGACAUUAAUGUUGAAGGUCCAGAAAUUGACAUUGAAGGGUAUGAUGGUAAAAUCAGAGGGCCAAAAUUCAAGAUGCCUUCAAUGUCAGGACCAAAGAUAUCAAUGCCAGAUAUGGAUUUCAACCUGAAAGGUCCAAAGGUAAAGGGAGAUUUUGAUGUGUCAGUCCCCAAGAUCGAAGGAGACCUCAAAGCACCCAAAGUAGAUAUUGAAGGUCCAGAUGUUGACAUUGAAGGUUCAGGAGGAUUUAAGAUGCCAAAGAUGAAGAUGCCAUCAUUUGGAUUCAAAGGACCCAAACUGGAGGGGCCAGAUGUUGAUAUCAACCUUCCUAAAGCUGACAUUGAUAUUAAGGGUCCCAACGUUGACAUCAAAGGUCCAGAACUGGACAUUGAAGGCCCAGAUGGUAAAAUCAAAGGGCCGAAAUUCAAGAUGCCUUCCAUAUCAGGACCAAAGAUCUCCAUGCCUGAUGUGGACUUCAACCUGAAAGGUCCAAAGAUGAAGGGAGAUGUUGAUAUGUCAGGAGACCUCAAAGCACCCAAAGUAGACAUUAAAGGUCCAGAUGUUGACAUCGAAGGUUCAGGGGGAUUUAAGAUGCCAAAGAUGAAAAUGCCAUCCUUUGGAUUCAAAGGACCUAACCUGGAGGGUCCGGAUGUCGAUCUCAACCUACCUAAAGCUGACAUUAAUGUUGAAGGUCCAGAAAUUGACAUUGAAGGGUAUGAUGGUAAAAUCAGAGGGCCAAAAUUCAAGAUGCCUUCAAUGUCAGGACCAAAGAUAUCAAUGCCAGAUAUGGAUUUCAACCUGAAAGGUCCAAAGGUAAAGGGAGAUUUUGAUGUGUCAGUCCCCAAGAUCGAAGGAGACCUCAAAGCACCCAAAGUAGAUAUUGAAGGUCCAGAUGUUGACAUUGAAGGUUCAGGAGGAUUUAAGAUGCCAAAGAUGAAGAUGCCAUCAUUUGGAUUCAAAGGACCCAAACUGGAGGGGCCAGAUGUUGAUAUCAACCUUCCUAAAGCUGACAUUGAUAUUAAGGGUCCCAACGUUGACAUCAAAGGUCCAGAACUGGACAUUGAAGGCCCAGAUGGUAAAAUCAAAGGGCCGAAAUUCAAGAUGCCUUCCAUAUCAGGACCAAAGAUCUCCAUGCCUGAUGUGGACUUCAACCUGAAAGGUCCAAAGAUGAAGGGAGAUGUUGAUAUGUCAGGAGACCUCAAAGCACCCAAAGUAGACAUUAAAGGUCCAGAUGUUGACAUCGAAGGAUCAGGAGGAUUUAAGAUGCCAAAGAUGAAAAUGCCAUCCUUUGGAUUCAAAGGACCUAACCUGGAGGGUCCGGAUGUCGAUCUCAACCUACCUAAAGCUGACAUUAAUGUUGAAGGUCCAGAAAUUGACAUUGAAGGGUAUGAUGGUAAAUUCAGAGGGCCAAAAUUCAAGAUGCCUUCAAUGUCAGGACCAAAGAUAUCAAUGCCAGAUAUGGAUUUCAACCUGAAAGGUCCAAAGGUAAAGGGAGAUUUUGAUGUGUCAGUCCCCAAGAUCGAAGGAGACCUCAAAUCACCCAAAGUAGACAUUGAAGGUCCAGAUGUUGACAUUGAAGGUUCAGGAGGAUUUAAGAUGCCAAAGAUGAAGAUGCCAUCAUUUGGAUUCAAAGGACCCAAACUGGAGGGGCCAGAUGUUGAUAUCAACCUUCCUAAAGCUGACAUUGAUAUUAAGGGGCCCAACGUUGACAUCAAAGGUCCAGAACUGGACAUUGAAGGCCCAGAUGGUAAAAUCAAAGGGCCGAAAUUCAAGAUGCCUUCCAUAUCAGGACCAAAUAUCUCCAUGCCUGACAUGGACUUCAACCUGAAAGGUCCAAAGAUGAAGGGAGAUGUUGAUAUGUCAGGAGACCUCAAAGCACCCAAAGUAGACAUUAAAGGUCCAGAUGUUGGCAUCGAAGGUUCAGGGGGAUUUAAGAUGCCAAAGAUGAAAAUGCCAUCCUUUGGAUUCAAAGGACCUAACCUGGAGGGUCCGGAUGUCGAUCUCAACCUACCUAAAGCUGACAUUAAUGUUGAAGGUCCAGAAAUUGACAUUGAAGGGUAUGAUGGUAAAAUCAGAGGGCCAAAAUUCAAGAUGCCUUCAAUGUCAGGACCAAAGAUAUCAAUGCCAGAUAUGGAUUUCAACCUGAAAGGUCCAAAGGUAAAGGGAGAUUUUGAUGUGUCAGUCCCCAAGAUCGAAGGAGACCUCAAAGCACCCAAAGUAGAUAUUGAAGGUCCAGAUGUUGACAUUGAAGGUUCAGGAGGAUUUAAGAUGCCAAAGAUGAAGAUGCCAUCAUUUGGAUUCAAAGGACCCAAACUGGAGGGGCCAGAUGUUGAUAUCAACCUUCCUAAAGCUGACAUUGAUAUUAAGGGGCCCAACGUUGACAUCAAAGGUCCAGAACUGGACAUUGAAGGCCCAGAUGGUAAAAUCAAAGGGCCGAAAUUCAAGAUGCCUUCCAUAUCAGGACCAAAGAUCUCCAUGCCUGAUGUGGACUUCAACCUGAAAGGUCCAAAGAUGAAGGGAGAUGUUGAUAUGUCAGGAGACCUCAAAGCACCCAAAGUAGACAUUAAAGGUCCAGAUGUUGACAUCGAAGGUUCAGGAGGAUUUAAGAUGCCAAAGAUGAAAAUGCCAUCCUUUGGAUUCAAAGGACCUAACCUGGAGGGUCCGGAUGUCGAUCUCAACCUACCUAAAGCUGACAUUAAUGUUGAAGAUCCAGAAAUUGACAUUGAAGGGUAUGAUGGUAAAAUCAGAGGGCCAAAAUUCAAGAUGCCUUCAAUGUCAGGACCAAAGAUAUCAAUGCCAGAUAUGGAUUUCAACCUGAAAGGUCCAAAGGUAAAGGGAGAUUUUGAUGUGUCAGUCCCCAAGAUCGAAGGAGACCUCAAAGCACCCAAAGUAGACAUUGAAGGUCCAGAUGUUGACAUUGAAGGUUCAGCAGGAUUUAAGAUGCCAAAGAUGAAGAUGCCAUCAUUUGGAUUCAGAGGACCCAAACUGGAGGGGCCAGAUGUUGAUAUCAACCUUCCUAAAGCUGACAUUGAUAUUAAGGGCCCCAAUGUUGACGUCAAAGGUCCAGAACUGGACAUUGAAGGCCCAGAUGGUAAAAUCAAAGGGCCGAAAUUCAAGAUGCCGUCAAUGUCAGGACCAAAGAUCUCCAUGCCUGAUGUGGACUUCAACCUGAAAGGUCCAAAGAUGAAGGGAGAUGUUGAUAUGUCAGGAGACCUCAAAGCACCCAAAGUAGACAUUAAAGGUCCAGAUGUUGACAUCGAAGGUUCAGGAGGAUUUAAGAUGCCAAAGAUGAAAAUGCCAUCCUUUGGAUUCAAAGGACCUAACCUGGAGGGUCCGGAUGUCGAUCUCAACCUACCUAAAGCUGACAUUAAUGUUGAAGGUCCAGAAACUGACACUGAAGGGUAUGAUGGUAAAAUCAGAGGGCCAAAAUUCAAGAUGCCUUCAAUGUCAGGACCAAAGAUAUCAAUGCCAGAUAUGGAUUUCAACCUGAAAGGUCCAAAGGUAAAGGGAGAUUUUGAUGUGUCAGUCCCCAAGAUCGAAGGAGAUCUCAAAUCACCCAAAGUAGACAUUGAAGGACCAGAUGUUGAAGGUUCAGGAGGAUUUAAGAUGCCAAAGAUGAAGAUGCCAUCAUUUGGAUUCAGAGGACCUAAACUGGAGGGUCCAGAUGUGGAUCUUAACCUACCUCAAGCUGAUAUUGACAUCAUGGUACCUAGUGUUGACAUUUCACGUACAGAUCUCGACAUCAGAGGUCCUGAUGCAAAGUUGUCAGGUGGUUCCCUUGAUAUGGGAAGUCCCAGUUUCAAUUUUGAAAAACCAGACAUCAAGUUUCCAAAGUUCAAAGGUCCCAUGUUUGGUAUUAAGUCCCCAGAAGUUGAAGGUCCUGAACUGAAUAUUUCUCACAGAACGAUUGACGUGAAAGCACCUGAGGUUGACCUUAACCUUGGGGAUGCAAAUAUCAAAGGACCUAAAUUCAAUGCACCAAAGAUCCAUAUGGGAGGAAAGAGCCCCAAAUUAGAUGUUCAUUUGCCAGAGGUCGACAGUAGUCUAGAAGCCCCUGAUGUUGACGUUCAUGUCAAAGGAAAGAAAGGCAAAUUCAAACUACCCAAAAUCAAAGGGAAAGCAAAGAAACCUGAUGUCGAUAUUGACCUUGAAACAUCAGGUGUAGAUUUAGAUGUUGACUCUCCUGAGCUUCACCUGAAAGGAGCAAAAGUUAAGAAACCUUUCUUUGGAAGACUGCAUUUCCCCGAUGUGGAAUUUGAUGUAAAAUCUUCCAAAGUUAAAGGUGACUUGUCAUCUGGGAGUCUACAAGCUAACAUUGGGGGCCCAGAUGUAAACGUGGAAGUCCCAGAUGUAAAAACUAAGUCUAACAUGAAAUUUCCAGGGAUGAAAAUCAAAGGGCCCCAUGUAAAUGUCCCUGAUGUUGACGUAAAUGUGAACGGGCAAAAUCUGAAAGGAGAGGCAAAUCUCUCAGGAGGUUUUAAAGGUCCUAAGACAGAUAUUGGAGGAGGAGUAGAAGUAGACUCAAAUGUUUCAGGAUUCAGUGGACUACAUUUCCCAGAGGGACACGUAUCAUUCCCCAAAAUCAGUGUUCCAAAGUACCAUGGACCAGAGAUGGGAGUAGAUGUUGAUGCAGGGUUAGAAGCAGGGGCAGGAGCAGGGUUAGCAGUGGGGGGUGAGAAGGUUGAUGUGCAGACUUCUUCGGUUAUUGGUAGAGUUAGUUCUCCGAGCCUGGAGUUGCACGGCCCAGACGUGAAGAACAGUGGUGGUAAAGUGAAUGUGAAGAUGCCAAGGUUCGGUUUUGGCAAGUCAAAAGCAAAGGGAGGUAGUGCAGCAGAUAUUAGCUUUCAGGGGCCGGACGCUGAACUGGGAGCCGGUGGCGGCGUUAAGGGCUCCAAAGAGUUGAGUUUAAGUCAUGGGGAGUUAGUAAGUGGCAAGUUGUCUGUAGAGGGAGGAUCUGGGCAUAGUGUGUCCCCUAAGAGCAAGUCAGCCUCACUGGAUCUUUUUAAGAAAUCAAGGCAUCGGUCUUCCUCUGUGGCGAGUGACGAUGGAGAUCUGGCUGUGUCUUCCCCCUCAAGUCACUUAAGUGCCGAGGGUGGCGACAUCUCUGUUGAUGUUGGGGGGGCCAAGGUGAAAGGAAAGAAGAGCAAGUCAAAGUUUGGCACCUUUGGUGGUUUUGGCUCAAAGUCGACGGGCUCAUAUGAAGUGACACUGGGUGAAGACAAUGAAGAGAGAGUAGAGGGAAGUGGUGGUGUAUCUCUCCCCUCUAAAAAGUCGAGAAUCGCCUCGUCUUCCAGCAGCGACAGUGGGUCAAGAGGUGGUUUCCAUUUCCCAAAACUUGACUUUUCCAUGUCACCAAAGAAAUGAAUGAAUUGUUGAGGCUAAUUAUAAACUCUCCUGUAUACUACCCAAUUAUCUUCUCCAUAUACACAACAGCCCUAUCUGCUCAAGAAUUUAAAACUUGACAGAUGAGUUCACAUCUCAUCUCAAUGUACCAUUACAUGUGUUUUAUUCCCUUAGGACUUUCUCCACACAUUUUACUUAUUACAUAUGGGGGUACAUGACAUUGUUCAGACUUCAAUUUAACUGUAAAUAAGAUGAAUCUGUAUUGUAAUAUUAAGUAUUGUCUUUUGUACAUAGUCAAAAUUUAUUGAGCAUAAAUCUCACCAAAUUCAUACCAAUAGUGCCUCACAUGUUUAGUCCCAUUGUUGUAUUGCAUUCUGUUAAAAUGCAUUUUGUCAAGAUUAGGUAUUUUUAUAUCCAGGGUUCUAUUGCACAAAAAAUAGUAUAGAUUCAAUUGUUAUUUUUAAGAAAAGUAUGUUUAUACACACAGACACACAGCAAAAAAACAACAACCUCAAUAACUACUUUUCGUUUUUUAUGUAUGAAAUGAUUGACUUUUGUUUUUGAAACUUUGGAUAUGUAAUUGUUGCAGAAGCUUAUUUACUCAACAUAAAGCCGUCCCUGUAUACCAAUGCAGUUAGAGACCAUAAUUGCAAAUAAAAACAAUGUUUCUGUUUACUAAUAAAUUCUAUCUACUGUUGUUAUUCAUCUUUGAGAGAGAGCAGGCAUUUUUUAUAUAUUUUUUACAUCCAAUUUGAUCAUUACAAUUCGUCCCUUUUCGCUUCAAAACCUUUAAUUUGAAUUCUGCUCAAAUGCCAAAAUGGAAGAUGCACAUUAAAAAAUAGUACACCAUAUGCUGAAGAAUCCAUUUUCAUUUUGUACAAUCAAGAUAUUUAAAAUGUAAAGAAGCAAAUCAUGACAUUCUCUCUCUCUCUCCUCUCUCUCUGUCUCUGUCUCUCUCUCUCUCUCUCUCACCAUCUCUCUCUCUCUCUCUCUCUCUCUCUCUCACCAUCUCUCUCUCACCAUCUCUCUCUCACCAUCUCUCUCUCUCACCAUCUCUCUCUCUCUCUCUCUCUCUCUCUCUCUCUCUCUCUCUCUCACCAUCUCUCUCUCUCUCUCUCUCUCUCUCUCUCACCAUCUCUCUCUCUCUCUCUCUCUCUCUCUCUCUCACCAUCGCUCUCUCUCUCUCUCUCUCUCUCUCUGUCUCUCUCUCUCUCUCUCACCAUCUCUCUCUCUCUCUCUCACCAUCUCUCUAUUUCUCUCCCUCACUGUCUCACUUAAUGCAAGUCUCUGGUGUUUGGUUACACUAAAGAAAAUGUAUGAUUAUCAUGAAUAAAGAGUCAUGCUAUAUUUGUACCUGUAUAGCAAAAUAAAUAUUUGCAAUGUUAAUAACAGAGAAAGAAAGCAAAAAAAAAUGUAAUUUGCUUUUAUUUGAUUUGAGUUUAUUGUGUCUCAUGUUUUCAUUCUGCAAAAUAAAUCAAAUAAACGGUUAACAUACCAA